AAACGCACUUCCGGACAUGCGUUUUCGCGCGUUAGCGGUACACAAACAUGGCGAUGACAAUGAGCCAAAGUGAUGUUCAGGUGCAACAGAAAGAAGGAGUGGAGGAUGAGCAAUCGAUGUUUCGAUCUGACAGUGGUGAGGAUUCUCUCGAUGGCCUUAUGAGACAAAGAUGUCCCCUGACCCCUUCGCUGUCCCCACGGAAACGGACCACCAGCCAAAGCAAAACAGAGCCUCCACUUCUGAGGACGAAUAAGAGGACAAUCUACACCGCAGGACGUCCACCCUGGUACAAUGUUACUGGGACCACCUUUAAAGAAGCUUUUGUAAUCGGUCUGUGUGGAGGAAGUGCCUCUGGGAAAACCACCGUGGCCAAUAAGAUCAUAGAGGCUCUUGAUGUUCCUUGGGUUGUUCUGCUCUCUAUGGACUCUUUCUACAAGGUUUUGAGUAAAGAGGAGCAGGAGUUGGCAGCAAGAAAUGAGUACAACUUUGAUCAUCCCGAUGCCUUUGAUUUUGAACUGCUGGUAACUGUGUUGAGAAAACUGAAAAAGGGCAAAAGCAUCAAAGUGCCAGUGUAUGACUUUACCAGUCACAAUCGUCGCAAGGAGUGGAAAACUGUCUAUGGGGCCAACGUUGUGAUAUUUGAGGGAAUCUUGGCUUUUGCCAACAAGGAGCUUUUAAAGCUCCUAGACAUGAAGGUGUUUGUAGACACAGACUCAGACAUCCGGCUAAUCAGGCGCCUAAAGAGGGACAUCACGAAUAGAGGGCGUGACAUUGCAGGCGUCAUUAAACAGUACAACAAAUUUGUCAAGCCAGCGUUUGAGCAGUAUAUCGAACCCACUGUGCAAGUUGCAGAUAUUGUGGUCCCAAGAGGUGGAGAAAACUUCGUAGCCUUGGAUCUGAUUGUUCAGCAUGUUCACAGUCAGCUGGAAAAGAGGAAACUCCGCUGGGAUAUAUCAGCCCUGGCAUCUGCCCAUCAGGGUCAACCUUUACCCAAGACCCUGAGUGUCAUGGAGAGCACCCCACAGGUCCGAGGAAUGCACACUAUUAUCAGGAAUAAAGAAACCAGUCGAGAUGAAUUUAUUUUCUAUUCAAAGAGAUUAAUGAGGCUCCUUAUAGAGCACGCCCUGUCCUUUCUGCCGCUGAAGCCGGUGUCUGUUGAAACUCCUCAAGGAACUGUAUAUGAAGGGAAGAGGCUGAGUGGGAAAAGGAUUACUGGUGUGUCCAUUCUACGGGCAGGAGAGACCAUGGAACAGGCCUUGAUGGCUGUUUGUAAGGACAUUCGGCUCGGAAAGAUCCUCAUUCAGACUAAUCAUGACACAGGAGAGCCUGAGCUCCAUUACCUUCGUUUGCCCAAGGACAUCAGUGAGGACUACGUUAUCCUGAUGGACAGCACUGUGUCUACAGGAGCGGCAGCUCUCAUGGCUGUCAGAGUCUUGCUUGAUCAUGACGUCCAGGAGGAUAAGAUCUUCCUGCUCUCUCUGCUCAUGGCGGAGAUGGGUGUUCACUCAGUGGCCUACGCCUUUCCCAAAGUGCGCAUCAUCACCACUGCCGUGGACAAGAAUGUCAACGAUGAGUUUCACAUCAUUCCAGGGAUUGGUAAUUUUGGGGAUCGUUACUUUGGGACUGAUGCUCCUUCAGACUGCUAUGAAAGUGAUGAGGGGAUGGACUACUGAAUUUCAUCAAGACCUAUGUGAGCGACUAUAUCUGCAUGCAUUAGAGAAGGGAAUAUUUAAGCAGUUGAUCUCAUAUGAUUGUGGACCCAUUGCCCUGCCCUAUAUAAGCAUAAGCCUUAGCCACCUCUUGCUGUUGAUCCUUGCAAUACUACAUGCUACAAAUGAGCCCAUGCUCAAUACAGGUCAAGCAUCAACAGACUCCCAAACACUGGAGAUUACUGUUCAUUAGCUUUCCUUAAAAUGCUCACAUGACCAUCACAAUUGAGAAUUUUUCAUUAAUACUUGAACUGAUAAGAGUGGAAUAAUAAGGGCACACCACAGUUUCUUCAUGGGUGUGUUUACAAUGGCAUACUACCAAAUUAUCAUGUACUGUUUUUCAGUAGUAUGAGUAUACAGUUUAUACUGUAUAAAACAGUAUAUAUAAUUGCAAACACAGCACAUACUCAAUGUUUGUUAGCUGAUUUCAUGUCGUCUUGACUUAAUUUGCUUUGUAUAGCAUAUAUGGCAUACAUGUGCAUUUGAGGUGCUUGACCAAAUUGACAUCUUAUACUAAGUGAAAGAAACCUUUCCAUAUGCCUGCUUCAAUUUAACCUGCUUUUAAUAUUGUAGCCUUGCUUAAAGCAGCUGUGCAUAAAUGUUACUACCUUUAAUAGUAGCCCAAGCACAAAAUAGGAUUUGGGUCAAACAACAUUGUUUACUACAGUGCUGCAAUUCUGCUCAUAAACAAUACGUCUGUUGUUUAGUCUACAUUAACUUUGUUGUUUUGGCUUCCCCCCCACCUCCAAUUGAUUGGUGUCUUGAAAGUGAUACAGAUGUGAAGUGCCAAUCAAUAUAUCAGUCUGCUUCAUAGUGUUUGUGUGUAAAAAUGUGGGGAAUUCAUGAAAUAUUGAAAAGGGACUUGUUAAUAGAAAAAUCAGUUUUAAGUCCAAAUGGAUAAUUUUCCUCAUCAUUGGUUUUAGUAUUUAACACUACAGUGCCACUGAGGGGAACAAAAUCAGGUUUAUAGUUUUCUGUUAUAUACUUGAAUUUUAAAACGUAGAUAAGGUUUAUUUAUUUUUCAUUGGUUUAUUUGCCAUUCCUGAUUGAGGAGAGGCAACGACAGAUUGAUUUGCAAUAGUUAAGAAACAAUUAUUGAAGAACAUUUUGGAGGUCUUUUAGCAGAACUUAAACCAAAAGAGAGUGCAAAACAUGUACUUCUCCUGUAUUUCCACUGUUAUGUGUCAUCUAAUGCAUUUUUUUAAUAAACCUGAUCAAAGUAAUAGUGCCAAAAUGCACAUACAGCAACCUGAGAGGCACUUAAAUUUUUUUAAACAGUUUGACCACAUUCUCACCUAAAGGGGAAUGUUGCACAUUAUUUCAAUGGGAUUUAUUAAAAAAUUACAUUGUCUAUUUGGUCCCACUUGACAAAAUAAAAUAAUGAAAUUGACAUAUUUAUGUCUUAUUUUUCUUUGUAUAUUUGUUUUCUAAUUGGAACUGAUAUUUGGUUUGUUUUUAUUUUUGGUGCAGUGAUUUUAUUGCCUUGUGUUUUGUUAUUCUGAAUCAAAUCUCAGUAAUGUACUUCAGACUUAUCUACAUUGGCAGAAAUAUGCAUUAUUAUAAGGGAAAAAAUAUUUCUCUUUCUUAUUUAAGUUCUCUCUCUCCAGAGAUGUGUACUGUAAUUAUUUUGUUGUAUAUGUAUGAUUUGCCUGGGUUAUCUGUUUACGAGCUUCAAAAUGACCUCCAUUGUUGUAAGUCAUUCCACUAAUAUUGAACUUUUUUUCUGUAUGUAUAAAUAGCGGAAUAAAAUAUGUU